AUGUCUGAAGGAGAUGUUGUAUCAGCUAUCACCAACCCAUUGGAGAAGGUCACUGACCCAAUGGUCGCCCUCAACAAGGUCUUGAAGGAGUCCCUCUCCGUCUGCGGUCUUUCUCGUGGUCUCCACGAGGUCGUCAAGGCCCUCGACAAGAGAUCCGCCCGUCUGUGCAUCUUGGCCGACGACUGUGACGAGCAGAACUACGUUCGCUUGAUCAAGGCUCUCUGCGCCGAGCACUCCAUCCCCUUGAUCACCGUCGAGGAGUCCAAGAAGUUGGGCGAGUGGGCCGGUCUUUGCAAGCUCGACAAGGAGGCUACUGCCCGUAAGAUUGUUGCCUGUUCCUCCGUUGCCAUCAACACCUUCGGAAAGGAGUCCGAGGAGUACAAGUUCCUCAUGGAGUACGUCGAGAAGAACAGAAUCUAA